CUAUUUGGAACUGCUCUCGCGGCAGUUCAGACCUCGUGCUCGUCCCACUCGCCUGUCUGUGUGUGGUAUCCGCAGGUCCGGGGCACUUUUUUGGUGUGUGUGUGUGUGUGUGUGUGUGUGUGUGUGUGUGCGCGCGCGCGGGCGCGCGCGUUGGGUGUGUGUUGGGGGUGGGGGGGAGUGUCGGGGCACGGAGAGGAGAGCCGGGCCGAGGCGAAGGAAGGAAGCCGCAGAGCUCCUGGGUCUCGAGCUGCGUCUCCCUUCCAGCGCUCUUCUGCCUGAGCGCUCCGAGGCGGCGGUGGCGGCACCGAGCGCUCCUCGCUGGGGACUCGGCGCUCGAACUGGGAGCAGCGAGGACACUCUUGCGGCGGCUUCUAGUGCCUGCUGGAGUUAGGAUGCCAGGGCGGUUGAUUCCCACCCACUGAACCCGGAGUUUCCUCCUCGGCCCUGGGAAGGGCUUGCAGCGGCGGCGGCGGCCGCGGCGGCAGUAGCAGACGGAACAGCAGGCUUUCCUCUCCGAGGGGGGGCGUCGAAGCGCCAGCGCCGGGCUCCCGCCCUCACCCUCCGCCGCUCCUGCGGCCCCAAGCCGCCACCUCGGUGCCUGCCUCCUUCCUCUUCUCGCCGAGAGCCGCCCCUGGGAUCGGACCCGUGCGCCCCGGAUGCUGGGGCUGCCCUGGCGCGCCCCCCUCCCGGCGCGACGCGCUGAGUGAACCGAAGGGCGCUCGCGCUUGCCCCAAGAGGGGCCCCCAGACCUCGGGACCCCGCGCCGGACCCGCCGGGGAGACGACGAUGUCCGCGCAGCCCCCGGCUCUGACGCGCUCCACGCAGCGGGGGGAAGGCGGCCGGCCGCAGCUCGCGGAGCCCUAGGUGCACAAAGCCCGCGCCCGCCGACGACUUUGCCGCCUGCUCCUCGGCUCUUUGUCUCCGCUUGGUUCGAGCGCCGGACUCUGGGAUUUCGGUGCGAGAUCGGGCUGGGGGGGCCGGGGGCGAGCUCUCGGUUUCCCGGCCGCCCCCCGCUCGGGUUUGGCUCCCCCCUCCCCCGCACCUCCCCGGCCCGGGCUCUCUGCGCUUCCACGCUCUCGGAAUCACGACCCCUCCCUGCCAUGUAUCCGCAAGGCAGACAUCCGGCUCCCCAUCAACCAGGGCAGCCAGGAUUUAAAUUCACGGUGGCUGAGUCUUGUGACAGGAUCAAAGACGAAUUCCAGUUCCUUCAAGCUCAAUAUCACAGCCUCAAAGUGGAAUACGACAAGCUGGCGAACGAGAAGACGGAGAUGCAGCGCCAUUAUGUGAUGUACUACGAGAUGUCCUACGGUUUGAACAUUGAGAUGCACAAGCAGACAGAGAUUGCGAAGAGGCUGAACACGAUUUUAGCACAGAUCAUGCCUUUCCUGUCACAAGAGCACCAGCAGCAGGUGGCGCAGGCGGUGGAGCGAGCCAAGCAGGUCACCAUGACAGAGCUGAACGCCAUCAUCGGGCAACAGCAGCUCCAGGCGCAGCACCUCUCCCAUGCCACACACGGCCCCCCGGUCCAGCUGCCACCCCACCCGUCAGGCCUCCAGCCUCCAGGGAUCCCCCCAGUAACGGGGAGCAGCUCGGGGCUGCUGGCACUUGGUGCACUGGGCAGCCAGGCCCACCUGUCAGUGAAGGACGAGAAGAACCACCAUGAGCUGGACCACAGAGAGAGAGAAUCCAGUGCGAAUAACUCAGUGUCGCCCUCAGAAAGCCUGCGAGCUAGUGAGAAGCACCGGGGAUCUGCGGACUACAGCAUGGAAGCCAAGAAGCGGAAAGCAGAGGAGAAGGACAGUUUAAGCCGAUACGAUAGUGACGGGGACAAGAGUGAUGACCUAGUGGUGGACGUUUCCAAUGAGGACCCUGCGACACCCCGGGUCAGCCCGGCACAUUCCCCUCCUGAAAAUGGCCUGGACAAGGCCCGUGGCCUGAAGAAGGAUGCCCCCACCAGCCCUGCCUCGGUGGCUUCCUCCAGCAGCACGCCCUCCUCCAAGACCAAAGACCUUGGUCAUAAUGACAAAUCCUCCACCCCUGGACUCAAGUCCAACACGCCAACCCCGCGGAAUGAUGCCCCAACUCCUGGCACCAGCACGACCCCGGGGCUCCGGUCGAUGCCAGGCAAACCUCCAGGCAUGGACCCGAUAGGUAUAAUGGCCUCGGCCCUGCGCACGCCCAUCUCCAUCACCAGCUCCUACGCCGCACCCUUUGCCAUGAUGAGCCACCACGAGAUGAAUGGCUCCCUCACCAGUCCCGGCGCCUAUGCGGGCCUCCACAACAUCCCGCCGCAGAUGAGCGCGGCUGCAGCCGCCGCCGCCGCUGCCUAUGGCCGAUCGCCAAUGGUGAGCUUUGGAGCUGUUGGCUUUGACCCUCACCCCCCAAUGCGGGCCACAGGCCUGCCCUCAAGCCUCGCCUCCAUUCCUGGUGGAAAACCAGCCUACUCUUUCCAUGUGAGCGCUGAUGGGCAGAUGCAGCCCGUGCCCUUUCCCCACGACGCCCUGGCAGGCCCUGGCAUCCCCAGGCACGCCCGGCAGAUCAACACUCUCAGCCACGGGGAGGUGGUGUGUGCGGUGACCAUCAGCAACCCCACGCGCCACGUCUACACAGGAGGCAAGGGCUGCGUGAAGAUCUGGGACAUCAGCCAGCCGGGGAGCAAGAGCCCCAUCUCCCAGCUGGACUGCCUGAACAGGGACAACUACAUCCGCUCCUGCAAGCUGCUCCCCGAUGGGCGCACGCUCAUCGUGGGCGGCGAGGCCAGCACGCUCACCAUCUGGGACCUGGCCUCGCCCACGCCCCGCAUCAAGGCCGAGCUGACGUCCUCAGCUCCAGCCUGCUACGCCCUGGCCAUCAGCCCUGACGCCAAAGUCUGCUUCUCCUGCUGCAGCGACGGCAACAUUGCCGUGUGGGACCUGCACAACCAGACGCUGGUCAGGCAGUUCCAGGGCCACACGGACGGGGCCAGCUGCAUAGACAUCUCCCAUGACGGCACCAAGCUGUGGACGGGAGGCCUGGACAACACUGUGCGCUCCUGGGACCUGCGGGAGGGCCGGCAGCUGCAGCAGCACGACUUUACCUCCCAGAUCUUCUCGCUGGGUUACUGCCCCACCGGGGAGUGGCUGGCCGUGGGCAUGGAGAGCAGCAACGUGGAGGUGCUGCACCACACCAAGCCCGACAAGUACCAGCUGCACCUGCACGAGAGCUGCGUGCUGUCCCUCAAGUUCGCCUACUGCGGCAAGUGGUUUGUGAGCACUGGGAAAGAUAACCUUCUCAACGCCUGGAGGACUCCGUAUGGAGCCAGCAUAUUCCAGUCUAAGGAAUCCUCGUCAGUCUUGAGCUGUGACAUUUCGGCAGAUGACAAAUAUAUCGUAACAGGCUCUGGUGACAAGAAGGCCACGGUUUAUGAGGUCAUCUACUAAGCAAGGACUGUGACGGGGCUGUCAAGCUCUGGGCACAGACUCGGCUGUGCCAGGGAGACCCCGCAGACACGGAGGACGGGCAGCGAGCGGCCCAGCACCGUGCUCCGGCGGGCUGAGAGGGUGCGCCCGUCACGGUCGGGACUCCUGGGCAUGGACUCCUGUGUCUCACGGACUCCAAUGGAUUUCUCCCCUCCUCCUUCCGUAACGAUGCUGGCAGAGGCUGCACGUAGAUUUGGAGGCUCGUGGCUCCAGCUCUCCACAUACACCCUCAUGAAUCUCUUUCCUUCCCCUUUCUUCUGAUGUGUCCCCCUGCCCUGGCUCGGGGACACUGGAGUGUGGACCACACGUUUGUACCAGGGAGCGGGGGAGGGUUUCACGUUCCCGACUGUGCAGCGCACAAGGUUUGUGAAAAGUGUAAAUAACAGACUCCUAUCUCGGACUGGUCAGCGGGGGAGGAGGCCCCUUCCCACCGGCAAUGCCAGCCGUGUAUUUCGCCUGCUGUAUUCGUAAUCCACUCGUGGUGGUGGCUUUUUUUUUUUUUUUUUUAAACAGAAGUUCCCAUCUGGGAAGGGGAGGCAGGGAGGGGGGCAGAAUGGAGAGGGGAGUGGGAGAGGGAGAAGACUCCUGGGUGGAGGAGGGGCAGUAUGGCUGGUGGCCAGGUCAGCCAUCAGGCAGCCCCUGGGCGAGUGUGUCUCCAUGUGGACCUGGGAAUCGUCUUAAAGCAUGGCAGGACCCAGCUCCAGCAGACUGAUGGACAGGCAGACCUUGAGAUGGGUGCCCGCCCAGGCUGACGGCAGCAGAAACACCGAGAAUUUUUCUGUGGCCUCCUGAGUUCCACCUGCCUCUUAGCCCCUUGGCUCCCCUCUCCGGUGUCUGAACCUGUCUGUCUGUCUCCCCCACCCCACCGCCACCUCCAUCUCUCUUUGGUGCACACUUGGUUGUCGUGACGAGAAAUGGAAGUUCAAAGGCACUCACUCUGUCUCCAGCCCUACUUAAUCUUCGGACACAACCUGAAAAGGACACAAAGUUAGAAGAACGCAUAGCAACUCAGCUCAGGGAGCUACCAGAGAAAAAAUAGCAACUGAUGUGGGUGCUUUUUUUUUUUUUUUUAAUUUGAAUAAAAAGAAUUAGAAGUGAUGUCCUUUCAUAAAAUGCCUUCUCCCCACUUUCCUGCCUCUGACCCCUUACUCUCUCCUUAGAGGGAAAAUGUGUAUUUAACCUGCAGGAUGGAGUCUAAGGUUGAUCUCCCUGCCCCCCAACCCCAGGCAGGGCAGCGGGGAGAGGGGACUGGGGCUGGGCUGGGGGUGCUGCCUUCUCCCGGCUUCAUGUCUCCUUUAGGAGUGCAAACAGCUUACAGGUAGAAUAUCAGCUCCUGCGGGUGCCACUUUUUGGUACCAAAAUGCUCUGAGGUAUUAGGGUUUUGUUCUUUGUUUUGUUUUUCCUUUGCCUUUUUUUUUUUCUUCUAAGGAAAAGCUAAAGGCCGUUAUGAGUCCUGGUGGUGGGCUCUCCAUGGAUGUAGCAUAUGGAGGAUAAUUUUUAUACUGCAUUUUUAUGGGUUAUUUUCUAACGUGUGAUCUUGUCUGGUGAGAAGGAAGGGGGUUUCCCAGUGAACCCCUCUCCAAUGCUCUUGUUCCCAGGUGAGCCCCUCCCCCUGCCUGGCUCUGGAGGCCGAAGAGAAGGGCAAGGUGGGUGCCCUGACCUUUCUGAGGCUGGGGAGGGGUGUCCAGAGUCUGUCUGUGUCUCUCUUCCUCUCUCUCAGUCUCUCUCUCUCUGGGUCCUGGAUGCUAAGCCACCACCUGUUGUUAAGGCUCUUGCCACAAGGGAGGGCGAGGGUAGAAGACAAAUUGAUUCCUGAAGAAAAAAAGAAAAUGAAAAGUCAUUGUAAUGACCUGUUUUUAUAUUUUUAAAAGUUACUAUUUAAAGGUUGGAUUGAU